AAGUCCGGAAGCCUAGGGGGCCCGGAGGACCGCGCGCACAGUCUCGAGGGCGUGGCCUUGGCGGACACUGGCCGGAGGGCUGGAAAAGCUGGCGCUGGAAUUUAACCUGGAGUAGCUUCCCGGCCUCCGGUUGCCGUGCGCUCCGACUCCCCGCAGGGGAAGUGCAGGUGGCCUCGGGGACGCGGCCGCCAGAGACAGGGUCUUGCUAAGUUGUCCAGGCUGUGCUCGAACUUGGCGAUUGAUCCUCUUGCCUCAGCCUCCCGGAGCACUAGGAUCACAGGCAGUCUGUCCCCCGGAAAGAACCGACCGUGUGUCAGGGCGAAAGGGACCUGUGUGCAGCCGCUCUCCGAGGACCCUCUGAAGCUGUGACUCAGCAUCCAUGUGUAGGGAUCUUCCCCGGAUCAUGCUAUGGUGAAAAAUGUUCCGGAAAGGCAAAAAGCGGCACAGUAGUAGCAGUUCCCAAAGUAGCGAGAUCAGCACGAAGAGCAAGUCUGUCGAUUCCAGCCUCGGAGGUCUCUCGAGGUCCAGCACUGUGGCCAGCCUCGACACAGACUCUACCAAAAGCUCAGGACAAAGCAACAAUAAUUCAGAUACCUGUGCAGAAUUUCGAAUAAAGUAUGUCGGUGCCAUUGAGAAGCUGAAAUUCUCGGAGGGAAAAAGUCUUGAAGGACCACUAGACCUGAUAAAUUAUAUAGAUGUUGCCCAGCAAGAUGGAAAGUUACCUUUUGUUCCACUGGAGGAAGAAUACAUCAUGGGAGUUUCCAAGUAUGGUAUAAAAGUAUCAACAUCCGAUCAAUAUGACGUGCUGCACCGACAUGCUCUGUACCUAAUCAUUCACAUGGUGUGCUAUGACGAUGGCCUGGGCGCAGGAAAAAGCUUACUGGCUCUCAAGACCACAGACGCCAGCAAUGAGGAGUACAGCCUGUGGGUUUACCAGUGUGGCAGCCUGGAGCAAGCACAAGCGAUCUGCAAGGUUUUAUCCACCGCGUUCGACUCUGCGCUGACCUCUGAGAAGUCCUGAACCUUACAGCCAGGUGGGAGCCAAUGUCACCAAGUGUCCAGCUGUCCUCUAAAUCGUUCUAUCCGUGAAGCUGAACUCUGGGGGAGACAGGAAGGGCCGCCCUGCUACAGUUCCCUGAAGGAAAUGCAAUGUACAAAAUACUGGUCACUUUUUUAUCAUAUUAAAAUGUACAAUGAGUUCUCAGUGGACUGUUCUGGGGAUAAAAAGAAACCCUCAUGUUAAAGUGCAAGUAAGUGCCGCACAAAUUUGCACUCACCACCGAGGACCACAAUGAAACCUGCCUGCGUGGCCUGCCGGGAUGCGACGUCACUGGCCUACAGCUGGAGGCACCCAGCGAGUGACGCCAUCAACAUAGGAUGCAGAAAGGGAGUCUUCAAAGUGCAAGAGCAAAGGUUAGAGGACCCCAGUGUUUAUCCCAGAGUUGAAGAACCUUAGAAGAUUACCGCUCGUGCUAAAUCAGCCGCAUUUAAAGGAUCUCAUGGACAGUACCCCAGUGUAUUUUUUUUUAAAGGAUGUCAAUACUUUAAAGAUUAAAAACAUUAGAUCUAAAAC